AGUGAACAAGUUUUUUUUUUAUUUUUAACCAUUGGAUAUUCAUGAAAUUUUUCAUUUAAUUUUCUUAAUACUUUUCGCAUAAAACAGCUUAAAAAUGUCUGCGGAGGAAGAACUUUCCAAGUGGUUGCGACGUAAAGACAAGACGUUUCAGGAAAAUCUCCAAUUUGCUAUUAAAACUUGGCAAUCUGUUGAAUUCCCAUUGACCACCAAGUACGAAAUUAUUUUGCAUUGGAUUUCUAAUAACAACUGUGUCGAUGAAAAGGAUGUGGUUGAGGAAGAUUUUAAAGAUUUUCUUAAACUAAAGGCUCAGCCAGGAUUGAUAAAUAGAGAUGCCAAAGAAGCUUUCAUAGGGUGGUGCCUGAAAAUGGCUUCUACCUUUGACCACAAAUCUCGAAAAUGGUCCGAAUUGUAUAAUCUGCUGGUCGAUUUUGAAAUACUGCAGGAUCUCUUUAGAGUGAAUUAUAACUUACAUGCUCAAGUGUAUAAGUCUUUAUUUUUCUGUUAUGAGAAAUAUUUGGAGAAUAUUGCUGUUGUUGAGACCAACUUCCUAAACACAAACGAAACCGAAUUUUUCGUCUCUAUUUUAAAUAAACUAAAAGAAACAAUUAGACGAUGCGGAGACGUUGCAAAGUUUGAGCAAGCUUUUACAUCAAUAACAUUAAAUGCUUUGGUUAACGUUCUGCUGACGAUGAGAAAGUUUAAAGUCGACUUCUUGGAGGAAUUUAUAGAGAUCGAACGCCAAUUGACAUUCGAUAUGAACGCCAAUAGUCUUAUGACUCGUAUUAUGGAUAUGCCUUUUCAUGUACGACUUUUGACCAUGGAGUGCUCCAUUGUCAAUCGCAAAGGCAUAACGGAUUAUAUAGACAUCAUAAUAAGGAACAUAUUUAGUAGAUGCAUGACCAACGAAUUGCUGAAACAGGAGGGUUCGUUGAACAUUACAAUGGCUGCAUACAUUUUAGAAAUGCUGCGACGUCACGAUGUUAGUUUAACACAAAAUCAAUCAACUUUGCAAUAUCUGGGUGACCAUGUUGCCAAGGCCGUUAAAGUUGCCGACGGAAACUAUAUGAGAGAGAUAUUGAUGCUCUUGUGUGCAGCUUUGCGCUUAAAUCCUUUAAUUUUGGAAAAUCAUAUAUUUAAAAUUACUGUAAAAAUGAUAUUGGCCCCAAAAUCUGGUAAUAAGGAGGAGCAACAAUUAUUUGAAGAAUAUCUUGUGCUUUUAAUGGAUAUGUUCAGGCGCUUGAGUCGAGCAGAGAAAUUCGUAGCAAAUCUUCUUAAGACCAUUAACGAUACAUUUAAACAUGGCACAAUUUCGUUGAACACUAAAAGAAAGUCAAGUGUGGACUCAGAAAUUCCAUCAAAAAUGCAGAAAGUCAAUGCCGACGUCAAUACAACGCCAACCAAAGCCGAGGGAAAAGUGGCGAAAUAUUUAAACAUUCUAUUUGAGGACUUUUUUAAGCCUGUGCUUACACAAAAGAAGUACCUGGAAAACAGGUAUCUUUCUGCAACAGCUUCAUUUGCGGCUUUGCAGAACUAUUGGCCCAGCAAUCCAGUCGGCAUUGCCUUCUCAAAAAUAAUUACUGGCCUUGUUUCAAAGCCUUCGGUAGUUAUAUGGAAAACAUUGUUAUACGCCCUAAACGACCUGAUAACGUUUUUCAAGACCAGAGAUACAUUGGGAGAUAAUGAUCUAUUCCGUUUGGAUUUUCAUGUAGCUUUGUUGUGUCAAUACUGUUCGGGUUGCAAGUUGGCCGAGCAAUCGGAAAAAUUCAUACAAGAUAUAAAUAGCCAACGCAUAUUCAUGACAGAUGUUUUACAGACCUUUGGAAAAUUCAUACUGGAACGCGAACAUCAACCAAGAACCAUGGCCGCAUUCUUGGAAGUUUCGUAUUAUGCAACAUGCUUGGAGCUCAUAUUGAGUUUCUAUAGACCCGAUGGUUGUGGCCAUGAAACAUUACAGCCUUCUUAUACGCUGGCAAGUUUGCAUGGAUUUCUCUCACCGGAUGAAUGGAAUUUAAUACAACAAAGAGUUUUAAAUUUUGGGCAAACGAGUUGCAAAUACCUACUACAGCGCUUGCAGUUACAAAAGAGCCAAUCAACAUUAUUGUUGUUGGAUAACAAAGGAGAAGGACAGCUACUAGAUCGUUCCAUUGGGGCGAGCGAUAAGGAACAGUUAUGUACACUUUUAAAAUCCAAUAACGCAAACUGGCUUAUAUCUCAGAUGACUAGAAGCGGAAAGAUGACAGUUGCUUCCUGUAUUACACAUUGUGCAGAAUUAUUGCCAUUGGCUUGUGAAGAUUUGGACUUGCUGGAGUUAGUUUCCUUGGCAAUAUAUGAAGAGAUAACUUUGUCCCUCUCCUCCAAAAAUGCCUCCCUCAAAUCACUAGCUUGCGAUUUUGAUGAAGUACGCCAGUGUGUGGAAACAUCUGCGAGCGAAAUAUUAAUAAAGCGUUUGAUAGAUGCAAUUAACAGUCGGGCUGAGGAAGCAUAUAAGGUGAAAAAUAUGGAUGUGGAUCAAAUUAAAAAUAAGUUGGACAUACUUUCACAACUACCGCUGGGGCAGCUUAGACGACAACGUAAAACUAUUAUAUUUGCUUUACACCUUUGCCUAUAUCGAGAUCUUAAAUUUGGUAAAGCAGAAGACUUGGCUGAACAGGCAUUGGAACAGUUGAAAGACAUUUUGCAUUUUGGACAACAAGUUUUAAUAUUCAAAUAUUUUCCCGCUGAUUGCCUCCUAAAACUUUUGCCUUGUGAAAGUUGCUGGGAACUUUAUGAGUUCCUUUUCGCUACAAUUAAGAAAGAGGAAAAAGGCACCGACCAAUUCCUGCAAGACUUGGCCGAAAUUAUACAGGCAUCACAAUCCGAUCAUACAAUUGACAAUGAUAAAAGGAAACUAUUGUUGAUUGCCAUUGAAACGCUGUCGUCGCUUACUGGUCCCUAUGCAAAGAGAAUGCGAAAACAUUUAGAAGCAUUUUUGAAAAUAUUCGCCGAGUAUUUGAACAGUAAUUUCAAAGAGUCAUCAAGUGAUGCUAAUUCCAAAAAACACAAAAAGUUUGUGCAAAAAACCAUAUCCGGUUUUGCAUCCUACGCUUCAGUUUUACUUACAAGAGCUGCAAAAGCAAAAGAUGAAAAGGAAAAUAAAACGGAAACUCUCAAUGAUGUACUAUAUAAGCAAGAAAUAGACGAGGAUUUCCGACGAAUUAACAAAAUAUACAUUGGACAUUCAAUUGAUUAUCGCAAUCCACAUGCCUUGCGUCUCAUGAGAUUGGCUCUGAAUCACAAAGAGGUACUGCACCUAGAUCAAGAUGAAAUAGAGUUUGUUUUAACUAACUACUGGACACAAAUCAAUGAAGAUCUGCGACAUUUAGAAGACCAGAAUAAUAAAACAAUCGAAACAGCUGUAAAAUUGAUUAUUGGUAAUAAAACCAAUGAAGAUCUCUUGUUAACCCUCAAGGCAUUGGAUAGAAAUAAUCAACCCGAAAACUUUGCCAACAUUUUGCGACUUGUGGGCUUAAUUGCGAAAUGUCCUUUUAGUAUCAUCAAAGGAGCAAUUUUCAAUGAGCAGUACAAAAAAAUCACCUUUAAUAUAACAGUGCUUUUAAAACGAAAUGAACAGCAACAGUUAAUUGAUUCUGAUUUGGUCUUGGAGCUCUUGCAUUGUCAUCAAUAUAUUUUGGAUAAUAAAAUGGUGCCUAUAACAACGGAUACAAUGGACAGCAUAUUGUCUUUUCUCAUGGACAUAACUAUGAAAAAAUUCCCUUUAAAUGAUGCGAAUUUGAGAAUUUUUCAUUCUUUGCAUUUGGCCAUGACGGAAGUGUGUUCUUCAAUGAUUAAACAGCGUCACCUAUUGCUAAUGGAUCGUGCCCCACAAUAUAUGCAUAUUUUCAAAGAUCUUCUGCAGUCGGUGGUUUGGUACAAAAGCGAUCGCCAAAAGGACACGGCUUUGCCAAGUGGCGAAUUGGAUGACCUAGCCGAAUUGGCAAUGAAAUUGGAAGCAUUAAUGCAUCUGGUGGCUCAAAAUAGCGUUGCCUUCAAAAGGGUGGCUCCGUUUGUUCUAACAUUUAUUAUUAAUUUAAUGGUAUCGAAUAAACGGCCAACAACUCUCUACAAUAACAUUAAAACUCACAUCGAAAGUAUCUGUUAUGAUUUGGUGGGCAUAUGCGACCACCGUGUUGGUCGUUUUAUUUUGCGUUGCUCCAAUGAAGCGGGUCGUCAACUUUAUGAAUUACUUGUUAAGGACUAUCAAAAAUACCAUAAAUUUAAGGGCAAAGUGUAAGCUUUGUGGAAUCAAAAAUAUAAGGCGCAAUCUGAUUUUAAUGGUUUCAAUUCUUUGAAAUAUUGGCAUAGGACAAUAAAUGUUUGAAAAUGACAAAAACUUUGUACAAAUAUUAUUAAAAAUUGAAAGAAAUUA